UCGCAAACUGGAAGCUGAUUGUGCGAGUAAUACGAUUUCUUUUCUGUUAUGACGAGCCGACACUCUACCUCCCUUUUACCGGUGCUUGUUGACGUAGUUAGGUAAAAUGCUGCUGCAAGAAUGGCAGUUGUUACUCCUCCUAACGGGGGCAGUAACCGCGCUGGUCCCCGUUUCCCGUCAGUCCAUGGAGGAGUCCCUGAACAGCGCACUGGACGCCAUCACCAGAAAACAAAGGUCCCUGGACAAUAAUCCUCAAGAAUACUACAACGAGCUUCGCUCCUUCAAAUACCAUGGCGGCGACGGGGACAGAAAAUUCAACAGGGAACGUCCUGAUGAUGAGAACAGGGAGCUGGAGGAGGAGGACGAGGAAAUAGAAUUCUUACCCAGCGACGCUGGACAGCUUGAAAUGGUGGGAAACGACCUUCCAGAUAUAAAUGACAAGGUCCUGGAGAGAGCACUGAUGGAUUAUUUGGACAAAGCUCUGAUGGACUAUUUGGAGAACAACCCUCAACAAGAGGCACCCGUCACGUCGUCGUUCCGAGAGCGCGAGCGAACCAACCGUAAAAGAGGUCCAGAGAGACUAAACAGAUCAAACGAAUAUUACCAGGAGCUGGCAAAGGUGAUCCUGAAAAAGAUGCUUGACGUAUGCCACAAGUUCAAAGGGGAACGAAUCAAUAAACCUGAAGAAGUUCCUGAUCAAAUGUCCUGGGGUGAAUUGAUGAACAAGGAAGCCUUGUACCGGGGACAGGAGAGAGAGAAUGAAGAGAACGAGUAUGAUUUAGAGCAAGAUCCAAACUUGUUGUACACCUCCUUAGCUGAGCGAAGAAAUGUGAAUGGCAGGUAUCCCAUAGGACGUGAUCUGGGAACCUAUAGAAGCAUGGCCAAGCGUUAUCCCAUUGCCAAGAGAAGUCCAAAACCCUUACCUACCAAGAAACAAGUUACAGAUCCUAAGGUGGCGCAAGAUCUGGGUGCACUGUUUGGUACCCAAUCUACUGUCAACCACACCCACAAUCAUGACCACGACCAGGACCAUGAUCACCAGCAUAACCACGAUCACGAUCACGACCACGAUCAUGACCACGAUCAGUCCAAACACGAGAGUUCCUCAGAGUCUCCCAAGGUGAGUCCUCCACCAAAGGGUCAGAAAGAGAACGCAACCAAACUGAGCAAGUCGAAGAACAUCGAGGUGAGAAAGAAGAGCGUUGAUUGGUCUCAGUACUUUGGAAUGGACCGGAGAAGGAAGAAGGCCAACUUCAUGGCUGGUCAAGGAACACAGAAUCAAGAUGACGACUGGAUGUUGCAGCGUUAUUAUGAGAACAUGGUUGAGAACCUAAAAGCGAAUGACCGAGAUUAUCAGAAGGAUAUGCGGAAGGAACAGAUGAACAGACAGAAGAACAUUAGGGACAUGAUCGUCGACGACGCUCUGAGAUACGCAGACUCAGAAGAGGGUGCAGAUUUGCAGAAGGUGAAGGCCCGUGUAGCCGUUGCAUACGCACUCGAGAAAAUGAAAGCUCUGAACGAACUGAGGAACAACGUGAACGGAAUGGAAGCGCAGAAGAUCAAUCGUUUACAGAAUAAUCAGACGUCCAGUUUUCGAGAAAGGGCCGGUGACAAGCGUUCGGGCAACGGUUUAAUCGAGAACGAAGCUUUCGAGGAAAAUAGAGUCUGCCCGGAACUGGAGGCGAUCGAGAUGCGAUGUAAAACUGCGGAUAGUUUGGCUGGCGAUGAGUCGCAGAUGCUUUAUCUUCCUUGUGUGAUGCUUCAGAUCUGCUUGGCAUGCGUCCAGAAUGAUUUGGAAGUUGAGUGCGUAUCCAACUACGCAGUAGAGGUGACAAAUAUCUGUGAGACACAGGAAAUACGAGAGGGACAGAAAGCAGGGGAGGCGUGUGUCAGCACAGCGUUGAUACUGAUGCAGUUGCAACCACCAGCAGCAGUCUCCAUGCAAUGUCACGUUAACGGCAACGAGUCCUGUUUGCGACGCUAUCACUAUCGUUACUCUCAUCGUUAUCUCCGCUAUCCUUACGGGAAAGAGUAUACCAAUGACGCGACGUCCACGUCACGUUGAGAAAAUCCUCUGUCGUGAAAAGCUGUGUGGCUCUCCAUGAAAUGUGACCUCGAAUCGAGCUUUAUUUUCCGUAAUUAAUAUUUAGUAUCUCGCUUAGUUUGUGUGCGACCAAACAGGGGUAGAUCGGUCUAAAUUUUGGCUUGAAAGAACGAACUAUUAUUUUUGUUUAAGGUAGAUUAAGAGACGCGGGAAAGAAUUGAAAGUCGAUUCGAGAACACGUGAAAAUAUUGACGAAUAUGGUUGACAAUGAUCUCAGAUUUUUGCGUGUAAUAGAGUGGCUCGAGAGACCGAAAGGGUUGUUCUAUUUGCGAGGUGUUUUUUAUGCUUUUCUUCGUUCUUUUGUUUGAAAUAAAUACGACGAAAGAUGAAUGACAAUAAUUAUCGACUAAUGUUUUGUUAUUAACUUUUAAGAACGAUUGAAUUUCUUUUCAAUACUGAGCUGAAUAAAAUUGAAUAAAAUCAGUGAUGAUUUGCCUGUCGAUAAAACAGAAUUUGAACUAUGUAAUCGGUACAAAUAUUACAUGCAACUCGAGUAGAUACCUCGCAAACAAAAUGGACUGUAUAAUAAAAAAUCAUUUUAAAAGAGACGUUACACGAAGAGUAUAAUACGAUUAUCAUCUUACGAAUUUUUUCGUAAUGCAUGAGUGGUUACAAAUUUUCGUCACAUUUUAAUUAGUUAAAAUAUGAUAGCUUCUAAACACUGUUAAUUUUUUACUUUAAGCGCUAGUUAAAGAUUUUAUUUUAAACCGGUGUCAUUCAUGUAACAAUUUCAGUUGUCAAAUAGAAAACAUUUAAUUAUCAAUUAUAAUUUAAUUUAUUAAUGGUAGGAACUUUGAAGCUGUGCUUCUAUAAUACAUACUUCCAUUACAUUGUGUUGCUGUUAAGAAUUUACUUGUUUCUUCCAUCUUUGCGUCAUUAAACUAUAAAUGUUGAAGUAUGCGUCAAAGUUUGUCAACAUCGAAGGAUAUAUAAUGAAAUUUACAAGAGGGACAAUGAGUCUAUUACAGCAUAAAUUUCCAUGUGAUUGGAUAACAGAAAAGUGUAUUGUAUAUUUGUCUAUCUUUACGUUAUUGAAACUGUGAGUACAUUCUAUGUGUCAGUCCUAUAUUCGAAUGUAAUAAAUAUAUUUCAACAUAAUCGUC